AUGUCCACGGCAGAAGACUACGACAAGCUGAGCAAGGAGGAGCGGGAGGCCCGCGACAAGGCCGACCGCGAGCGGGAGGCGGCAGAGCAGGCCGCCCUCCCUUACAAGUGGAGGCAGGAACUCGGAGAAGUUGAUUUCGUCGUGCCUGUGCCGAAAGGGACACGCGGGAGGGAUCUGAAUAUCGUGCUUCAUAAGAAGAAGCUCAGUGUCGGUUUCAAAGGCAAGGAGCCGAUUAUGGCGGGCGAGCUCUGCAAGGAGAUCAAGGUCGAAGACAGCACAUGGACACUCGAGGACCAGGAGGCAGUCCAUGUUCACCUGGAAAAGAUCAAUAAGCAGCAGUGGUGGGAGAACGUCCUUACCCACCACCCUAAGAUCGACACUACGAAGAUCCAGCCAGAGAACAGCAAACUCAGUGACCUUGACGGAGAGACAAGGGGAAUGGUGGAAAAGAUGAUGUUCGAUAACCAGCAGAAGCAAAUGGGCAAGCCAACUUCAGACGAACUCAAGAAGAUGGAGGCCCUCAAGAAGUUCCAGGAGCAACACCCAGAGCUGGACUUCUCCAAUGCGAAGAUCUCAUGAAGGUAUCGCGCAUCAGAUGCAACGGUCGACUCACCAACAAUACUCCAAUGUAGCUCAAGCAGUCUUGUAUAAUGGCACAUAUCCUUAUUCAAUACGUCGGACGCACACUGCGAGCUGUGAAACAAGCCAAUGAUCAUGCGUCUUCAGCAAACUACUG